AUGUUAUGCAACAAUCUAAUUUUUUUACGUAGUUUAAUUAAUAAAAUUACCUUCAGAAGAUAUAACUGUUAUAGUGCCGACCUUGUGAUAGAAAUUUCUGAUGUUAAUAAACAACAAGAUGGAUUCUACCGACUUGUUUACGAUCCACCUUACGGAUAUCCACCGCCAAACACGACGAUAUCAUCACGAGAAAUUGGCGACUCGAUUCAGUUUUCAAACGGUCUUCCGGGCACAAAUUAUAAUUUUUGGCUCUACUACACAAACCAAACACAUCGUGAUUGGCUCACGUGGAGGGUUUCGAUUACCACAGCACCUGAUCCGCCAGCUAAUUUAUCAGUGACUGUGCGAAGUGGGAAAAUCGCUCUGAUAACAUGGAGUCCACCAACGCAAGGGAAUUUCUCUUCAUUCAAGCUGAAAAUCCUCGGAUUAUCUGACUAUCAAUAUGCCAACAAGACGAUACUGAUUGAUGACGAUUCGUUUCAAUAUCAGAUGAAAGAUUUAACGCCCGGCGCCACAUAUCAAAUACAAGCAUACACAAUAUUUGAUGGAAAGGAAUCCGUUGCAUACACCAGCAGAAACUUCACGACGAAGCGACUACGCCAUAAAGAUUUGUUGGAUAUUAAGAUCUUAAGAGAACCAAACACUCCCGGAAAGUUCAUCGUUUGGUUCCGAAAUGAGACAACUUUACUUGUGUUAUGGCAGCCGCCGUAUCCAGCUGGCAUUUAUACACAUUAUAAAGUCUCAAUUGAUCCGCCUGAUGCCAUUGAAAGUGUUCUCUAUGUUGAGAAAGAAGGUGAACCUCCAGGGCCGGCACAAGCUGCAUUUAAGGGACUCACACCGGGACGUGCUUACAACAUAUCAGUUCAAACAAUGUCUGAAGACGAAAUCUCAUUACCGACCACAGCUCAAUAUCGAACGGUUCCGUUACGACCGUUAAAUGUAACAUUCGACAGGGAAUCAAUAACUGAAAACUCAUUUAGAGUUCUUUGGGAGCCUCCGAGAGGUAACAGCGAGUUUGACAAGUAUCAAGUGUCGUUGUCAACGACAAGACGACAGCAAGGCGUACUAAAGAGUGAUGAGAGUCCCGUUUCAUUGGAAUUUAAAGAUAAUUUAGAACCAGGAAAAACUUAUCAGGUUGUUGUGAAGACGGUCUCAGGAAAAGUCACGUCAUGGCCUGCGACAGCUGAUGUAACACUCAAACCACUUCCAGUUCAGAAUCUCGUUAAUUUAGCAGAGUUUAAUGGUGUCGUCACUAUCAUGUGGACACCCGACAAUUCAAGCACUCAGGAAGAAUACCGAAUUAGUUAUCAUGAAGUCGAUGGGUCGACUAAUGGCGAUUCAAGUUCAAUGAUGACUGAUAAGAUUCGUUACACGCUUGAAAAUCUUCUUCCAGGUCGAAACUAUUCGAUAACAGUUCAAGCAAUUUCCAAGAAAAUGGAAUCAAAUGAAACAACAAUUUAUGUAGCAACGCGACCAUCAGCUCCAAUUAUUGAAGAUUUGAAGUCAAUUCGUGAAGGUUUGAACAUUAGUUGGAAGAGUGACGUGAAUUCCAAGCAAGAGCAGUACGAAGUGAUGUACACGAGAAACGACACUGGCGAGACGAAAACUGUCUUAACAAAAGACACGCGUUUAGUGUUUAAAGCACUUUAUCCAGGUGCUGGUUACAUCGUAAAAGUCUUUGCUUUAAGUAAUGGCUUACGAAAUCCAAACUCUCCACGUAACAUGACAAUCGAAAAAGUGUCAAGUAAUUCAGUAUUGGUUCAUUGGUCACCACCAGAGAAUUCAAUAUUUACUGAAUAUUCAAUUCGUUAUCGAACGGAAAGUGACAAGCAAUGGGUUCGUCUGCCAUCAGUCAAUUCAACAGAAGCUGAUGUCACUGAUAUGACGCCUGGAGAGAAAUAUACAAUCCAAGUGAACACCGCAAGCUAUGGAGUCGAAAGUCCAAACCCCCAACAUGUAAAUCAAACUGUUCGACCCAACCCAGUAUCGAACGUUGUGCCAAUUGUUGACUCGAACAACAUAACACUCGAAUGGGUUCGUCCUGAAGGAAGAGUUGAAACUUAUGUGAUCCAUUGGUGGCCAACAGACACACCCGAUCAUAUCCAUUCAAAGAAUGUCACAGAACAGAACAUAACGCCAAUCAUUCAAAACGAUCGUAAUGGUGAAGUGAAAGAAGAACAGCCUUUAGUUCAUGUCCUAAUUGAUGACUUGAUGUCGGGCAUUGAGUAUAACUUCCAAAUCCAAGUGUUUAGUUACACUUUGGUCAGCGACAUGGCAUCACUUCAAGUUCGAACGAUGCCACUAAUUCAAUCAGAAAUCUUCAUCGUCAGUGGACUUGAUCCGAAUGAGAAGAAUUCUGUGACAUUAACAUACACACAAACACCACAAAAUCAUAGAAUAAAGUUUGAUCAUUAUCGAUUCUCUAUUGGUGAUCCAAACAUUCCCGAGAAAGAGAAAUUAGCGAAUGAUACGAAUAGAAAAGUGACGUUUACUGGUUUAAUGCCUGGUCGAUUGUAUAACAUCAAAAUGUGGACCAUAAGUGGUGGUGUUGCAAGUCAACCAAUUCAACGUCAAGAUCGUUUACAUCCUGAACCAAUAAAAACUUUGAAUGCAACAAGAAUCACUGACACUGAGAUUUCUCUUGCAUGGGACAAACCACAAGGCGAGUUCACGUCGUUUGAAGUUCAAUAUUUGGUUGACAACAAUUACGUUUCCAACAUCACCAACGAUUUGUUCAUUACAAUUAAUGAAUUGAAGCCACACAGAAACUACACGUUUACUGUUGUUGUCAGAUCAGGAACUGAAUCGAGUGUAUUAAGAAAUAGUGUCCCAGUGUCAGCUGUUUUCACCACAGAGGAAUCAGUUCCUGGGCGUGUUCAUAAGUUCAAUCCAAUUGAUGUUCAACCAGGUGAAAUUGUCUUUGAAUGGAGUUUACCAGUUGCUGAACAAAAUGGAAUUAUUCGUCAAUUCUCGAUAUCUUAUAGUCUUGAAAAUGGUUCACAUUCGCAAGUCAAGAACUUCAGUCCGGAUAAUCUUCGUGGAACUUUAAGAAACUUAACACCUGGCAACACUUACAUCUUUAAGAUUCAAGCGAAAACUUCUAUUGGAUAUGGACCUGAAACAAUUUGGAAGCAAAAAAUGCCGAUUCUUGCACCACCAAAACCAGGAAAUCAAGUUGUACCAACUGAAGUUCAUCGAAGUUCGAACACUAUUCAGAUUCGUUUCCGGAAAAAUUAUUUCUUGGACACUAAUGGCGUUGUCAUCAUGUACACGGUGAUUGUAGCUGAGGAUGACAGUAAAAAUUCAUCAGGAUUAGAAAUGCCAAGCUGGCACGAUGUUCAAUCUUAUUCAAUCUGGCCACCAUAUCAAGCUGUUGAACCUUAUUAUCCAUUCAAGAAUAGUUCGAUAAAUGUUGAAGAUUUCAUCAUUGGAGCUGAAAAUUGUGACAAUCGACAAAAGGGCUACUGUAAUGGACCGUUGAAGUCUGGAACAACUUAUCGUGUUAAGAUUCGAGCUUUUACAGCACCUGAUAAAUUUACUGACACCGCAUAUAGUUUCCCAAUACAAACUGAUCAAGACAACACAUCGCUGUUUGUAGCGAUAGCUGUGCCAUUACUUCUCAUUCUUAUCUUAUUGAUGACAUUGUUGUUCUUAAGACGACGUCGUUAUGGAUGUAAGAGAACAACCGAUGCUCGUGCAAAUGACAAUAUGUCACUUCCAGAUAGCACAAUGGAAACAAGUCGACCAGUAUUAAUUAAAAACUUUGCCGAACAUUAUCGAUUAAUGUCGGCUGAUUCUGACUUUAGAUUUAGCGAAGAAUUUGAAGAACUUAAACAUGUUGGACGUGACCAACCUUGCACAUUCGCUGACCUUCCAUGUAAUCGACCGAAAAAUCGUUUCACAAACAUUCUCCCAUACGACCACUCACGAUUUAAACUUCAACCUGUUGAUGAUGACGAAGGAUCUGACUAUAUUAAUGCAAAUUACGUGCCAGGACAUAAUUCACCUCGUGAGUUUAUCGUUACACAAGGACCACUACAUUCAACACGAGAUGACUUUUGGCGAAUGUGUUGGGAAAGUAAUUCAAGAGCUAUUGUGAUGUUGACGAGAUGCUAUGAAAAAGGAAGAGAAAAAUGUGAUCAUUACUGGCCAAUGGAUACAGUUCCAGUUUAUUAUGGUGACAUCAAAGUUACUCUCCUUAACGAUAGCCAUUAUCCCGAUUGGAUCAUCACCGAAUUUAUGAUGCAAAGGGGUGAAACUCAACGAGUUCUUCGACAUUUCCAUUUCACAACAUGGCCUGACUUUGGUGUGCCAAAUCCACCACAAACACUCGCUCGCUUUGUUAGAGCUUUUAGAGAGCGUGUUGGACCUGAAACAAGGCCAAUUGUUGUUCAUUGCAGUGCUGGGGUUGGUCGAUCAGGCACGUUCAUUACAUUGGACAGAAUCUUACAGCAAAUUCAAGUUGCUGAUUAUGUUGAUAUCUUUGGUAUCGUUUACACCAUGCGAAAAGAACGUGUUUGGAUGGUGCAAACUGAACAACAAUAUAUUUGUAUCCAUCAAUGCUUAAUGGCUGUGUUGGAAGGCAAGGAAAAUACGGGACCACAACGUGAAAUUCAUGAUAAUCAGGGUUACGAAGAAGUAAAUCAAGCGACAGAGGAAGGUGAAAAUGAAGUUAAAAAUGAAAAUAGAAAGACUCAUUUGGAUGAUAUUGAAGAAGACGAAGGAAUCGAUGAUGACGAUGAUGAAGAGAAAGCUUUGGUUGAGAAUGAACCUGAACAGAAUGCCGAUGAUGAGAACACGUUAGAUACGACGACAAAUACAAACACAACGACAGAUAACACCACUACAACGAUAGUCAAUGAUAGCGAUGCGGGUAAUCAGUGGAAGGGAGAAAGAUGACAUCAGGAGAACGAUGAUACUAGCAAGCGAAGUAGCAACACUAGUAUCAUCAGUCAUCAGAUUGGCAUUGGGAGUGGCAGGGGCACAAAAGUUCUCAUCGUAUGCCAGGAUAACGUUAUCGUUGAAAUUAAUGGUCGUCAUCCAUCAAACGAAAAUAGCGACAUUGAAAUGGACACCAACGGCGAUUCGUUACAGGACGAUGACGAAGAAGAUGACGAGGCGAAUUCUGAACAGAAGCUACUUAAGACGUGCAAUAAUAAUAAUAACAACAACGAAAUUGUCGCAGUCAAAGUUCCAUCAGAAUCAAAAGACAUGCACAAUGGUGUCGGUGUUAACGGUUUCGAUGAACUCUGCUUGAAAAUAAAUCAAAUGGAUGACGAGGGCAUUGCUGAGUCAGGAAUUUAAAGCAGAAACCGUCAUCAAGAGACAUUUGUGAUUUCUUUGUUUUAUUUUUUGACUAAUCAGGCAACUGACAGUGCGGGGGAGGGAAAAACGGAAAUGAAAAUCGAUAUUAUUUCAUAUUUGUUACCACUGAUGUCACUCACAUACUUAGAAUCAUUUAUUUACUUUCUUUCAAUGUCAGUUAUAGCUUUAGAUAAGUUCUGAAUUAUUAAUAAAUGAAUGAAAUGGCUCUAAAAUUUUUGAACGCAAAGUCUGAAGUUUAAAUGAAAGGAAAAAAGAGAUUUUUUCUUUUUUUCUCGUUUUUUAAAUGUUCGAAGUGUGACAUCACGCGGAUUUAAUUUGUUGAAGUAGUUUUAACUUACUGUUUUUUCCAACUAUAAUUAUACAAAAAAGGAUACUUAAUGCCUCUUAUACACCCACAUCAAAUUAAUUAAUUAUACAAAAAAUCUAUUUGUAAUUGUUUCAAGAUUUUGCGACAUCACUGUCUUGUAUUAUCACAUGAUAUUUAUGCUAUUUAAUCUUCUAUUAUGUUAAGUGACAAAUGCAACCUAAAAUCUUCAUAUCAUAAUCGAUCAAAAAUGUGAUGUCACAAAACCUUUCAAACAUUCUUUUUGUAAUUGUUUACAUUUUACACCCGUAAAUGUUCACAUAAAAAUUAAACAAAUCAAACUAUGUAAGUAUCUAUCGGUGUCGUUCAUAUCUUUUUACUUUCUUCUACAUGAAAUCUAAGUCAAAUCUUAUUUUUUUGUUUCUAUUUUUAAAUAAGAAUUGGUAGAGUCAAAUCAAAAUAAUGAAAAUAAAAAAAAGUUCUUUUUAAUCGAUCAUUGGACGGAUUUUAAAUGUUAAUUUUAACAUAGAUUUAGAUAUGUAAUUAUCAUCGAUAAACGCUAUAGAUCAAUAAAAAUGGAAUUUUUUUAUUGAGGAAAUAAA